AUGUCCGCCUUCUGCCUGGGCUUGGCCGGCCGCGCUUCAGCACCCGCCGAGCCGGACAGCGCCUGCUGCAUGGAGCUGCCCGCCGCGGCCGCGGACGCAGUGGGGAGUCCAGCCGCCGCCCUCGUCUCCUUCCCCGGGGGCCCCGGGGAGCUGGAACUGGCGCUAGAGGAGGAGCUGGCGCUGCUGGCGGCCGGGGAGCGGCCGUCCGACCCCGGGGAGCAUCCUCAGGCCGACGCCGGGCCUCCGGUCGAGGGCGCCGGGCUGCAGCCGCCGCCCGCCCAGGAGCUCGAGCUGCUGUCGGUGAUCCGGCAGAAGGAGAAGGACCUGGUGUUGGCGGCCCGGCUGGGCAAGGCGCUGCUCGAGAGGAACCAGGACAUGAGCCGGCAGUACGAGCAGAUGCACAAGGAGAUGACAGACAAGCUGGAGCACUUAGAGCAAGAGAAACACGAACUACGAAGAAGAUUUGAGAACCGAGAAGGGGAGUGGGAAGGGCGCGUGUCAGAACUGGAGAGCGACGUGAAACAGCUUCAGGGUGAGCUGGAGAGACAGCAGGUUCAUCUACGGGAAGCAGACCGAGAAAAGACGCGGGCUGUCCAAGAAUUAUCAGAACAGAACCAAAGGUUAUUGGACCAGCUCAGCAGGGCGUCAGAAGUGGAGAGACAGCUCUCCAUGCAAGUCCACGCCCUCAGAGAAGACUUUCGGGAGAAAAACUCUUCAACCAACCAGCACAUCAUCAGACUGGAAAGCCUUCAGGCUGAGAUCAAGAUGCUGUCGGAUCAGAAACGGGAGCUGGAGCAUCGCCUUAGCGCCACCUUGGAGGAGAACGACCUGCUCCAGGGCACCGUGGAGGAGCUCCAGGACCGGGUGCUGAUCCUGGAGAGGCAGGGCCAUGACAAAGACCUCCAGCUGCAUCAGAGCCAGCUGGAGCUCCAGGAGGUGCGGCUGUCCUGCCGGCAGCUGCAGGUGAAGGUGGAAGAGCUCACCGAGGAGAGGAGCCUGCAGAGCUCCGCCGCCACCAGCACGUCCCUUCUGUCCGAGAUAGAACAGAGCAUGGAGGCCGAGGAGCUGGAGCAGGAGAGGGAGCAGCUGAGACUGCAGCUGUGGGAGGCCUACUGCCAGGUGCGCUAUCUCUGCUCGCACCUCCGCGGGAACGACAGCGCCGACUCGGCCGUCUCCACGGACUCCUCAAUGGACGAGUCUUCAGAAACCUCGUCUGCCAAGGACGUGCCAGCCGGCAGCUUGCGCACCGCCCUCAGCGAGCUCAAGAGACUGAUCCAGAGCACCGUGGACGGCAUGGAGCCCACGAGUUCCCGGAGAAUCGAUGACGACGCCUUAGAAGAACAGAUAAGGCAGACCAGUGAGGACUCGAGAGCCCUCAGGGAGCUCAUGGAGGGAGAGAGGGGUAAACUAAGGCAAAGCCUAGAAGAACUGCAGCGACUCCACAGCCAGGUGACACUGCUGAGUGUGGAGAUGACUGCGCUGAAGGAGGAGAGAGACCGCCUCAGAGUGACAUCUGAGGACAAGGAACCAAAGGAGCAACUUCAGAAGGCCAUCAGGGACCGGGAUGAAGCCAUCGCAAAGAAGAACGCCAUGGAGCUGGAGCUCGCCAAGUGCAAGAUGGACAUGAUGUCUCUGAACAGCCAGCUGCUGGACGCCAUUCAGCAGAAACUGAACCUCUCACAGCAGCUUGAGGCUUGGCAGGAUGACAUGCACAGGGUCAUUGACCGGCAGCUGAUGGACACGCACCUGAAGGAACGGAGCCGGCCUGCUGCUGCCUUCGCCAGGGCCCACGGCCCAGGGCGCGGGGAUGAGCCUGGCACCACUGAAGGCAAACGGCUCUUCUCAUUCUUCAGGAAAAUUUGAGUUGGAAGGAGUCAGGCUACUGGGGAUGGGUGGACCGAGGUGGCUGAAAAGGGGGUACAGACAAGGGCCCGGCGCACUGUCUACCUACUAGGGCUCCCCUGGGCCGGGCUUGGCCGCUGCACUGUCUGGUGGCUGCCCUUGAUGGGGACGCAGAGCCCUGUCCCCACCGCCAACCAGGACCAGCCUGGGCUCGCCCAGGAUCUGCUGUUGCUCAGCAGGGCCCAGCUGCCUCCAGAACAGCCCCUUGGUUUGGCUCUGCUGCUCACACCCAAAGGAUCACAGCCCACCCGUCCACCCCUCAGUGGCUCCAGCUCCCUGCUCCGGGCACCACUGCUCUCCUGCUUUGGAACAUGGGGACAGAAGAAAUGGAAGCCCUUCUCUGCAUGCCUCAGGAGGCCAUCGCUGCCCCCGGCUGCCAUGAGCCUCAUGGGCCUCGGGGGUUUAGUCCUGUAGGGCUCCAGGCCCAGACCUGCACCUCCUUCCUUUCCCCAGGCCCCUGCCCAGGGAGUAAGGAGAGGAGCGGUCCCGCCCCAAGUGCAUGCACCUCUGCCAGGAGCAUCUCUGUGGGCAGGAGACCCAGUCUGUAGCCUCGGGGCCCUGCCAGCAAGGGCCAUUCUUGCACUCAGCCGCAGUGGUCUGUGCCUGGGUUGGCCACUGACCUCCCCUGGCUGCCACUGACCUCCCAGCUGCGUCCAGAACACCACCACCGAGGGCGGCCAGCCGUGGUGUUCUCACGGGCCCUCGGCCCUCCCAGGGCCUGGGGGGGGUCUCAGCCUCCCGAAGUUCCCCGUUCCCUUCCCGUUGACAAGUUCUUGGCUCGGCCAAGCACAUCCAGGCCACAGAACGGCCCCAGAGGGGCCUGGUCAGCCACCUCACCUCCACCUCAAGGGCAGGGUUGGCACCACGAGGUGGAUGCUUCCAGAUACUGCCCGCCAGGCCUGCAGAAGGGUGAGUCCUGCAACCUGCUGCUUCUGCUCCUUCCUCAGCAGCCACUCCACCUUCUCUGCUGAGGCCCUGGGCUGAGUCAGCCCGCAAGCUGCUUUGGACGGAUUCGUCUCCCGUCCUUCCCCGGGAAAAGCACAGCAGGGAUGAGUGGAAAGAAUGUACCUAUAGAUAUGUACAUACCACAGUGCUGUAAUUUUGUAUGUAGCCACCAUGUAAAUACAUGUAUGGAUUUUAUAAUAUACAUAUUAUGUAUAAAUCUAUAAAGGCAUAUUUUUAGAAAAACAGCGCACCACUGCUUCUUUUGAAAAUAGUCUGAAUAAGAAUAAAAUGAAUUUCUACAGAGCUUCCCGCCUCUGUUACUG